AUGGGCCAGCGAUUCAGCCAGUUCUUCCCACCCGCCCCCUCCUUCACCGAGACCGACCUCCCCAAUCUCAGCGGAAAAGUCUACAUCGUAACUGGCGCCUCUGCAGGAAUAGGAAAAGAGCUCUCGCGCCUCCUCUACACCCACCACGCCACCGUCUACAUCGCCGCGCGGUCCGCCGAAAAAGCGCACGCAGCGAUAUCCUAUAUCAAAGAAGCAUGUCCAGACUCCAAGGGCACACUACACUACCUGCAUCUCGACCUCGACGACCUCUCCGGCAUCAAAGCGUCAGCCGACUCAUUCCUAGCAAAGGAAUCACGCCUGGAUGUCCUCUUCAACAACGCAGGCGUCAUGGUCCCCCCGGUUGGAAGCACAACGAAACAAGGUUACGAGCUGCAACUCGGCACGAAUUGCGUCGCGCCCUUCCUCUUCACCAAGCUCCUCACGCCAGUCUUGCUGGAAACCGCGAAGAAAGAAGCAAAAGAGCUCGGACGCAACAUGAAUGCUGUGCAUCAUUUCUUCGCCAAUUUCAUGUUGUAUCCGACUGUUAAUGGCGCGUAUACGGAACUGUUUGCUGGCCUCGCACCUGAGGCUGCGAAGCUCAAGACGGGCGAGUGGGUUAUGCCGUUUGGAAGGGUUGGGAUGCUGAGGAAGGACUAUUGGUCCGAGACUGGGAAGAAGACGGCGAGCGCGUUUUGGGAGUGGAGUGAGAAGCAGGUGGAGCAGUAUGCUUGA